GUGAACAAGUAUGCGGUCCAGGUUUUGCCUCUUCCCGUCACCAUCCUCUUGAUUCAAACGCUCACGACAGCUGUCUUGCUGCAAGCGAUGGCAGCGAUGCAAAUGAUCCGUGUGCCGUCCAUUCGUGCCAUUCGGGUCCAGCAGCUGGCUCCCCUUUCAAUUUGUUACAGCGUCCAUGCCGUAUUGGUGCUGUACAGCCUGGCCUUCCUGUCCAUACCUAUGUACAACACCCUGAAGCGGCUGACCCCGGUCAUGGUGCUUGCAACCAAGGCGGUUAUGGAUAAGCGCUGGCCGGACGCUCAGACCACCUCCUCGGUGUUGCUGAUUGUCAGCGGCUGCAUGGUCGCCGGCGCGGGAGACCUGUCGUUCGACGGGCAGGGCUAUUCGCUUGCGCUGCUUUGCGCGUUCAUGCAAGCCACGUACAUCCUCCUGGCUGAAAAGGCAAGCGGGUCUGUACACGCGGCUUGUCCCAGCGAGGAUGGCGUUGCACCACUGUCCGCGACAGAGCUGCUGUACAGCAUAUGCGUAAUAAGCGUCCCUGCGCUUGUUGCCGUGUGCGUUAUCUCUGGCGAGGGGGCACGGGCACCACGCCACAUUAAGCAAUUGCAAUCAAGCAUGGGACACACGACGUUCUAUGCUUGGCUGGGCAUAACUGCUGUCACUGAGGGUCUUCUUACGGGCAGCGUCAUAUUGUGCACUCAGAUGAAUAGUGCGCUCACCACCAGUAUCGUGGGUGUGCUCAAGGGCGCCGUGAGUAGCGUGCUGGGGUUCUUUCUGCUGGGGGGCGUUAAGUUCCAUAUCGUGAACGUUGCAGGUAUAACUAUGAACAUGGUAGGUGGUAUAUGGUACAGUGCUGUUCAGUACAUGCGCCGGAAGACGGCCGCGUAA